UUAAUACAAAUAAAAAAAUAGUUUUAUUAGUAGAAGAAAGGAACCUAUUAGGUGUGAGAGAGUUGACUCAGCUUAUUAGAUUUUCCGGUAAGUUAUAAACGAAAAAUGCAAUAUAUAUAAUAUAUAUAUAUACUUUUGGUUGCGACAGUGACAGACAUUUUUGAAAGUUUCGCCGUUUCGCCACCGGAAAAAGAAAAAUGUGGAAGCGCGUUGUAUCAUCCUCGUCAGCUCACCUCCAAACUCUAGUCUCAUCCUCUUCCACUUCUUCAUGGCGGUCAUCUUCUAUCAAACUCGCUCGCCGAUUGCUCGCUUCUUCUCCUUCUUCUUCUUCUUCUUCACCCUCCGCCUCCUCUACAUCCACGCCGUUCCCGAGAUCCUCUACUCUCUCCUCCAUUUCAGAUAAAAAUUUGAAGACGAAAGUGGAAGAUGUUAUGUCCAUUGCUACUGGACACGAGCGGGAAGAAAUUGAGGCUGACCUUGAGGGUAAGGACAUUCUUGAAAUAAAUUAUCCAGUUGGUCCUUUUGGUACCAAGGAAGCACCUGCUAUCGUUAAGUCCUACUACGACAAGAGAAUAGUUGGAUGUCCUGGUGGUGAGGGAGAAGAUGAGCAUGAUGUUGUUUGGUUUUGGCUGGAGAAAGGCAAGCCCCAUGAAUGCCCAGUCUGUUCUCAAUAUUUCAAGCUUGAAGUGGUUGGCCCUGGUGGCUCUCCUGAUGGUCAUUGAGAUGACGGUCAUCAUUGAUCUGGCUUACAAGUUUCUUGCUAAAAUAAAAAAUUUGCCAAGUGAUGAGAAAUUAAUCUCUUAUACUGUAGCUACGAGCACCUGUCUGUUAUUUUAUUCUUGAGGAUGUGCUGAACAUGUUUCGUCAGUGACAAAAUAAAUUGGCCGUGGGAUUCGUUUUUGACUACCUAUACAUUUAUCAAAUAAUUAGUGGCUACAUAUUGAUCUUUAA